AUGCCUUGUAGCGACUCAAGCUCGGGAUACUGUGGCGAACCGGAACGUCAUGGCCACCAAGGCCGCCGACCCAGAGAUUGGACGUAUUCGAGCAACGACUCCUUCUCCAGACCACCAAUCCCGUCGCGCGACCGCGACCGUCGAAGCAACCUAUCCCGCGACUACACCGACCGUGGCCGGGACCUCGACUCACACCGGCACACGAACCUCUACCGCAGCGGGAGGGCCUUCAACCCACAACGCGGACGGUACGCGUGGUCGUCAUCCAACGAGAGUGACGGAUUCUACGCCCCGACCCGCAUCCCACGAGACUCCUUCCACAACAGACGCCACCGCCGCCGUCUCGCCACUUACGACGGAGACGAGCUGGGUUUCUACGAGCGGUGGGAACGUGCCCUCCCCCGCGGCCAGUACCGCGACGACACCGAGCUGGACUACAGCUGGCGAGAUCGCUUCCCGGUCCGUCGUACCGACGCGGACGCCGAGCUCGACUUCCUCCUCGAAGGCCGAGAAGACGACAUGCGUCGCAGGCAGGGGAGACGGGAAUCACGAUCCCACUACCGCGACAGCACCGCCGCCGAUGCCGACUACGAGGACAACGAGGCCGGGUUGCCCGACGGAUAUCGCAGCCGGCGCCAGAGGGAACGGUCGGCCAGUCGAAGUUGGCAGGGUCUGUGCACGGGCACCCGAAACUUCGCCAUCGAGUACGGUCUCGAUGUCUUGCAGCGAGAAUAUAUGGACCGGCGACGUGAGCUCGGUCAUCCAGCGGAUGAGGGACCUCGAGCCCGACGACGAGGGAGACGGCAGCGUUAG